AAACCGCAAAGAAGAAGAAGAAGAAGAAGAAAAGUUUCGGGAAGAGCAGGAGGGAGGGGACUCCUCCGGAGUGAAAGUGUAGUAAUCCGACAGCGAGCAUGACCGACGCCGAGCCGCAGAGCGCUCCACCAUCGGCACCUGUGGAAGACAAGCCACAGCCGGAGAGGAAAGUCAUAGCCACUUUGGUCCAAGGCACAGUGAAAUGGUUCAACGUGCGGAAUGGAUAUGGCUUCAUAAACAGGAAUGACACCAAAGAAGAUGUGUUUGUUCAUCAGACUGCUAUCAAGAAGAACAAUCCUAGGAAGUUCCUCCGCAGUGUGGGAGACGGGGAGGUCGUAGAGUUUGAUGUGAUUGAAGCCGCCAAGGGCUCAGAAGCGGCCAAUGUAACCGGUCCAGGCGGUGUUCCGGUCAAAGGCAGCCGCUACGCACCCAACAAACGCCGCUUCCGUCGACGGUUCUUCCCCCGCAGCCCUCGGCCUGGUGACCAGGGCAAACCAGCUGAUGGCGAAGCCCCCGCUGUUGAGGGCGAGGGAUCAGGGGAGAACGGUGGAACGAGACCUCAGCAGCGCCGCCGUAGGCCCCGCAGACCACGGCCGGAGGCACAAGAUGGUGAGGCUGGAGAGCAAAAGAUCGCAGCAGCGGAGGGCGACCAAACGCAGCGACCGCCACAGCGCAGAUUCUGGCGCCCAUACCGCAGACCGUUCCGCCCUCGCCCACCUUCAGAUCAGGCUGCAGACGACCAGCAGGCUGCUCCAGAACAGAGCCAGGAGCAAGGCGAGGUGAAGCAGACGGAGGCCUCCGAGGGCCCCCACACCAACGGAGAAGCAACUGAGGGCCAGAAACCACGCCGCCAGUCUAGACGCCGCAGGCAAAGGAACUCUGAGUCCUCUACCACGAAAAAUGAUACAGAGAGGUCUCCAUCAGAGCCUGGUACCCCGCCUCAGACCUCAAAACUAGCUGACCUUAAAUCCACAUCCAAGUCACCAAAGGGCUCUCCCAAAACCUCUCCUAAAAUGCCCAAAUCACCUGAGCAGGCAGCAGCCACAACAGUCCCAGCGCCAACAGAGGGACGCUAGUGAGAGGACAGUCAUGUGACCCUUGGCAAGAGGUCCUAGGGUUGGAGGACUGGACCUAUUUCAGAACACAUGCACUGCUCCUCCCCCCUCCUGCACUCCCCCAUCCUCCAACCCACCUCGUCUCACUGUCAUCCCUCAUACCCCCUCCCCUCUCGUCUUGUCUUGUGUUGCCCUGUCUAGACACUGACGUUUGGAGAGGGAUGAGGUAGGGAAGAAGGGGAUACAGGUGGUUGGUGGGUGUGUAUUUAGAAAUUGAAAGUACAUCUUUUUAAAAAGAAAAAUGGGAAAGAAUGGACAAUUUGCUUGGUAGCCCAGUUAUUCCAACCCCCCUUUAAAAACUAUUUUUCUUUAAUUGCCUAGAUGGGACACAUCAAGUAGUUUAUAGAGGAACCAGCCUUGAUUUUUAUUUAAUGUAUUUUAAUUUGGUUGAAGAGGGGAAAACCAAGCAGGUGUGAGGUUGGUGGUGCAUUAUGGGAGUCAGUUUAGUUCUGUUACCACCUCAAUCAAGUCUUAAAACAUAGUACUCCCUUUGUCUCCUCAGUUGAGGAUAGACUAAUGAAAAGAAACUUUAUUUUUUGUUUUACUUAUUUGUGUGUUUUUUCUUUGGAGGGGAUUAUGUGCAAUGUCAGUACUUAAAAUGCUAAUUAAUAAAUCAUGUUUGCAAAUAUCA